AUGUCUUUAGUACAAGGCUAUACUUCAUCUGAAGAAGAACCAGAAGAAAACAAUCAAUUGAAAAAUGAUACAGUAGCAGAACCACCAACAAAGAAGCAAAAAAUUGUACAAUAUGAUUCCAACAAUUUUGAAGAACAAUAUAAACUUCAAGAACAACAAAGACUUAAAGAAGCCAGAGCUUUAGCAAAAGAGUUGAAAAAGAAACGUAAAAAUAAAGGAGGUACUCCAUGGGCAUCAAUUUCAUCAGACGAAGAACGAGUAUUUGAACAAAAUAAACCAACAAUUGAACCAGAACAAUCAGAUCAAGAAGAAGAUAUUUUUAAACCCACAUCAAAAUUCGUUGGAGCUCAAGAAUUAGAUUAUCAAGGUAGAUCAUAUAUGCAUAUUUCAAAUGAACUAAAGAAAGUGGAACCUCAAGAUUGUUUUGUACCGAAGCAAAUAAUUCAUACAUUCAAUAAAGCACAUCCAAAAGGUGUUAAUAAAUUAGAAUUUUUUCCCAAAUUUGGUCAUUUAUUACUUUCAUGUGGUAACGAUGGAUCAAUUAAAUUAUGGUCUGUACAUAAAACUUUUGAAUUACUAAGGAUUUUCAAUGGUCAUAAACUUGCUGUAAAAGAUGUAAGUUUUAGUCCUAAUGGUGAUAAAUUUUUAAGUUGUGGCUAUGAUAAAGUAAUCAGAUUGUGGAAAACAGAAAAUGGAGAAGUUUUAAGAUCAAUAAAUACUUCAGCUGUACCCAAUGUUAUACGGUUUAAUCCACAAAAUGAAUCAGAAUUUAUAGUAGGUUUAUCAAAUCAUAAAAUUGAACAUUAUGAUUUAAAUGCUAUACAUAAUCCUAUUCAAGUGUAUGAUCAUCAUUUAGGUUCAAUCAACGAUUUACUUACUUUAGAUGAAGGUUUUGCUUCUACUUCAGAUGAUAAAUCAGUAAGAGUAUGGAAAUGGCAAAUAAAUAUCCCAACAAAAGUCAUUUCUGAUCCAUCACAAUUUUCAACUCCAUCAAUUAAAAAACACCCAAAUUCAAAUUAUAUUGCAUUACAAAGUAUGGAUAAUACAAUCAAAGUUGUUCAUUCAACUGGGAAAUAUAAAUGGAAUAAAAAUAAAAUAUAUAAAGGACAUCAAUGUGCUGGAUAUGGUAUAGAAAUUGAAAUAUCUCAUGAUGGUAAAACUAUCAUGAGUGGUGAUGCAAAAGGUUUUACUUUUUUUUGGGAUUGGCAAAGUAAAAAACUUGUUAAAAAACUAAAGUUAAACAAUUCUUUAAUUAAAUGUAUUAAAUUUCAUCCUUUAGAAAGUAGUAAAGUUGCAAUAGCUGGUGCUUCAGGUGAUAUUUAUAUAUGUGAUUAA